AUCAGACGUCCCAUCAACAAUGUGAUGAUGACAACCAACAACAAGUGUUUCUUUCAAGAUGGUGAUCAUAAAACUGACGAAUGUAAACUAUCUGGUGAUGCCCGACGGCAGUUCUUGUUUACAAAUCGACUAUGCUUUGGUUGCGGUGAAAGUGGACAUAAUGGCCGGGAGUGUCCAAAAAUACUGAAGUGCAAUCACUGCCAGCGAAGACAUGCGUCACAGUUUUGUUUUCGACAUAAUCAACCAAGUGUGUUAACGCCAACCAUGCCAACAUCAUCGAACGCUAAUAAUGAAGCUUCAGAAAGCUCAAGUCAACCGACGUUAUUGAUACCAGCUGGCCGAAGUCUUCAUAAAACAUUGACUACCACAAUUAAUGGACGAAAAAUACGAGUUGUGUUUGACGAUGGAGCCGGGACCUCGUUCAUCUCUUCCAAGGUGGCACACGAAUGGAAUCUUGUUGCAUCCAGAGCUGAACCAAUUUUCAUGGACACCUUAAGCAACGCUAAACCAACUGCCACUGGUCAUCAAAUGGUACAUAUAGAGAUGCCAACGUGGGGCGGACAACACGAGAAUCUCGGGUUUCGACUUAACGAUAAAUUGGACCAAUUGCAGUUUCAUUGUAUUCCUAUCGACGUGCAAAAACAGCUACGACAACAAGGUAUUGAUUUCCAAGACGAACAACGUCCGGUUGACAUGUUAAUUGGACUUGACAACAUCAACAAGAUUCAGCUUCCAGAUGAACGACGAGUAAUGCAUGACGUUAUCGCUAAACGUACCACAAUGGGUUGGGUAGUCUUUGGGGUGACCAAUCGAACGAAUGUACUGUUGAGCUACGAUCAAUCGUUAUCGGUGGAACCGGCACUGGAUGUGGACAUCGAGGAUGAAGACAAAGAAGCCAUGGAAAAAUUCCUGGAAAACUAUUGUACCGGCGAUAGUGUCAAGUACGACCAACAAGAAAAAAGAUAUUCAGUAAAAUUGCCGUUUAUCCCAAAUGUGAAAGUUCAACCAAAUUUCGAUGCGGCCAAGAAACAGUUGUGGAGCAUGGUAAAACACAUGACAAACGAAAGACGAACCGGAUAUCAAGAAUUGAUAGACGAUUUGGUCCAAAAUAAAAUUGUUGAACAAGUGGCAAUCAACCCCGAUGACGGAUACCAUAUGCCACAUUUUGUGGUCACACGCAAUGAAAACACCACGAAAAUGCGAAUCGUAUUUAAUGCCUCGAACGGAAAACAACCACUUAACAAGGCCAUUUUCAAAGGCGUGACAGCUUGGUAUAUCAUCCGCUCAUUGUUGUUCUUCCGCUUACAGACCAUAGCUGUGAUCAGUGACAUAAAAUCUGCCUUUCACAACAUCGCAAUACAACCCGAACAUAAAAAAUUUGUCAAGUUCUUAUGGAUCGAUAACGACGAAAACACGAUUUGUUACCAGUUCAAUCGGCUGCCGUUUGGCCUUUCUUCAAGUCCGUUCAUUUUAUACGCAGUGGUGAUGCAUCAUCUAAAGCAGUAUCGAUCCAAAUAUCCUCAAACGGUGAACGCGAUAAUUAAUGGACUGUAUGUCGAUGACCUGAUAUUUUCUGCCAACAACCAACGCGAAGUUGAACAGAUAAAAUGUGAUAGCCAGAUGAUCUUUGCUGAAGCAUCAAUGAUGUUGAGGAAGUGGCGGUCAUCGGACAAAGCCCUUAAUGAUCGUUGGGGUGAUGGACUUGCCGAAACCAAGGUCUUAGGCGUAGAAUGGACCGAGGAUGAUCAAAUGCGGGUGUUGAUUCCCGAAUUUACUGAUGGCGGAAACAUCACAAAACGGGCGUUGUUAAAGUAUCACGCAUCGAUUUACGACCCAUUCGGAUUUGUGUUGGCAACGACCUUGAAGCUGAAAAUGAUGAUACAUGAAUCAUGGAAAUUGGGCUACGAAUGGGAUGAUCCCUUAAGUCCAGAUCUACAGAAGAAAGCUCGGAAAAUUAUUCACGAAAUCAAAGGAUUGGAUCAAUUCAGUUUUCCCCGUCGGAUAUUUGACAAGUCAGUAGAAGAAUUCGAUUUAAUGGUGUUUGUCGAUGCAAGUCAACAUGCAAUUGGUAUCGCAAGCUAUCUAACAAAUGGUCAGCAGCUAACGUUAAUCUAUGCCAAAUCCAAAUUGAUCAAACCACGAAAGAUUGUAAGUGCUGAGCUCUUGGCGUUGUCGGCCGGUGCCAAUACAGCCAAAACAUUGGGAGAUCUCGUGAAUGCUCGACACAUAAUAUUGUUCUCUGAUUCCAUGGAUAACGUAAAACGUUUAGAAGAAGACAUGAACAAAUAUCCGUAUCCUGUGGCCGUCCAUUUGUUCAACAUAAAAUCAAAAAUCAGUGAUAUUCGACACAUACGAGGAGAAAUCAAUCCUGCUGAUGCAUUCACUAGAGGAGUGACGGUUGACGAAUUGAAGAAGUUACAUCGAUUAAAUUAUCACGAUAUUAUUGAACUACAAGAUGUGGUAGUUGGUGUUGGUUUGACGGUGAACGGUUCCUCGGAAAAAUAUGAUAUUUCUAAAUUUGAUCUUGAUAGCAAACGACCUUAUAACCAAUGGAUCGAGCUUGUGCAACAACAAUCUGACGAUUGGAAAAAAUCCAUCGAUGAAACUAUGAAUGAAUUGACCAUAUUAAUCAAAAUUAAUCAACGAAGGUUCCUGGAUGACCAUUUCGACAAACACAUUCCAACAUUUUGUGAUGAUCAAGGCCUGGUACGAUGUUUGACACGACUGGAGAAUUCAGAUUUGAGUUACGACGAAAAAUACCUGAUUGCUUUGCCGACAUGUGAAUUUACGUUAGCAUUGAUGGAACGUACACAUGAAAAUGAUGAACAUGGUUCGGUGAAUUAUACAUUGGCCAAUUUUCGAAUGAAGUAUUUCACACCACGCGCACGACAACAAUUCAUAAAAAUCAAAAACCGAUGCUCUAAAUGUCGCCAAUUACGUGCUAAACCAUUGCAAGUAUCUCUCGGUAAUCCUCCCAGUACACGAUUGGACAGAAGUCAUCCUUUUGAACAUAUCGGAGUGGACAUUUUUGAACUGAAAACCGACCCGAAAACCAUUGGAAUGAUAUUCACGUGUUGCGUCACACGGGCGGUGCAUUUCGAAGUAUUGGAAAAUAUGACAGCCGAAUGUGUAUGUGACGCCUUUCAAAUAUUCGCGGCUCUUAGAAGAGUUCCGUCCACAGUAUAUUCAGAUAAUGGAACGAACUUUAAACGACUGGGAAACAUGUUUAAUGAAGCGUAUACCGUAUUGAAAGACAAUUUCCAAUGGAGAUUCAAUACGCCCGCCGCACCAUUCCGAGGAGGCUUCUUUGAAUCGCUUAUAAAAUCCAUGAAGAAGGGAUUUUACAGUAUCAUGUGGAAAAAAGACAUUAAACCCCCGAUGGUUCGACUUGUGCUUUACCGAAUUCAAUCUUUAAUGAACGCCCGACCGUUAAUACAUGAUAAUUCAACUAUUGUCACACCGAAUCACCUGAUGUACGGAGCUGGUAGUAACGGAUCAUUGGCACCACCACGACGAGGGGUACAACCUAGUUGCUUGUUAAAAUAUUGGAGGGGAACGCAACGAUUGGUGGACGGGGCAUGGAAAACGUAUCGAGAUAUAUACCUCAAAAGCCUAAGAAAUUAUCAUCAGAAUAUCAAACAUUAUCAACAUGUUCAAGUGGGUGAUGAGGUGCUAUUGGUGGACAAAGGAUUGCCUGUAUCAUUGUGGACCACCGGAAACAUUGUCGAAACAAUCCCGGACGCUCGUGGUGUAAUCCGAACUUAUCGAGUAAAGGCCGGCGACCGAAUAUUCGAACGACCAGCACAACGUUUGGCGCCACUGGAAGCCGCUUUCGAGAGGAGGGAGGAUAUGUAACGGAUUAUUUGAAGGGGUCCAUCAGCCGGAGAAAGACAGAGCUUGAACUGUCAUCAUCGGCUGACACAAACGCCAACAUAAAAGCGCAAAGAAAAACGAUGGUGCAGUUUUAGAAUCGUUUUAUAUUCACCAUUGAUUUAAAGUGGUCUGGUCAUUUCUCACGUCGCACGUAUACUAUCGAAUCAAUAACAACGUUUUCCAAAAUCGUCUUCUGGUUUUAAUUUUUUGGUCAACAAUCAACCUUCAAUAAAUUAUUCUUCAACUCAUAUCACAAUUACUGACUUUAAUCUAUUACAAUUUUGUUCUUUUCUAUUCCAUCAAUAAAGUUUUCUUUUAAACAAACA